AUGGAUACACAUCUUCUCUCCACUCUUCUACUUUUGGCCAUUCUGGGUGUCACUGCCAUCAAUAGUGAAGAGGACACAGAGACCGUGUUCUGUCUUGAUCACCAAAAAGCCUUUGAAGGCUCUUGCUAUGAGUUUGUGACCCUGCAGCGCAGCUCCCUCGAAGCUCAGCGUUGGUGUGAGCGUGGUGGUGGACACCUGGCCUUCAUCCAGAAUGAUGAGACGCAGCAGUUUCUUCAGAAACAUUUGCAGUCAGAGCAGGACUGGUGGCUGGGACUGGCACCAGCCUCUUUCAACCUCAGCAUGGGAUCCGCUGCCACAGAGGGUUCCUUGUCCUGGCUGGAUGGAUCUGACGUGAGUUACUCCAACUGGCUCCGUGAACCUGAGCUUGGAGACGCUUGUGGUUAUAUCGUGAAGAAAUCUGGGUUUCAGUGGGCAUCAACUCAAAACUGUAGCCAAGAGUUCCACUUUAUCUGCGAGUUUGAGUCAGGACAUGCUCUAGCCUGUUUGGAACACAACGCUACACUACAGUGUGGCUCUGGUCAGGUUAUAGAGAUCGACGACAGCUUCUAUGGCAGGAAGACGCUGCACUACUGCAGGACUGGACGCUCUCCACCCGACUCAUCUUUGCAGGAGGAGUGCAGCUGGGUGGAUGUGGUGGAUAUGGUGUCGGAGCACUGCCUUGGGUUGCAGGUAUGCCAGGCUGUAGCAGACGUAGCAUCCUUUGGAGAGCCUUGCCCGGGACUAGGAAGUUAUCUAUCGGUGGAUUAUCACUGCAAAGAUGGUCUUCAUCUACUGAUUACCAAGCAAGCUGCCGUCUUUGAUAAUGUCACCUUGACUAUAAAGUGGUUGCUCCACCCUUUUCAAGGAAAUCUCACAUGCAGUGUGAAUACUGGGGAUGGACACACUAUCGACCCCUACAUGCCCGAAGAGUUACAGAGUAAUGUAGUGCACAGGUAUCAAGAUGCUGGAGUCUACACCGUUACAGUGGAGUGUAGCACCAGCGAGUGGCAUGUGGCAGCUCAGAAAACCGUCACCAUCCAAGAACCUGCUGGGGAAUUCAGCAAAAUCGUGUGUUACAGUUCAAACCAGACAACAGACAGUGAAAACUGCAAAGGUCUUAAACAGCAUGCGCUGAGAAUCCAAGUGCAGCUCAGUUCAGGUACUAACGUCACAUACAAAAUCCAGCACGGGAUCACUGAGCUUGUCCGCUCACCUGAAGUCAGAGGGAUCAUCCCGCACAACCUCACCAUCCCUGAAGAGGCUUCACAGCUUUUGGGAUUGGGAUGCCAUCAACUUACUCUCCUGGCCUCCAACAGAGUGACGGCUCCAGAUGUGUCUACUCCUCUUGAACUUUGCUUGGUUGAGCCAGUGGACGGUCUUCAAGCCUCUGUGGCACCUGAACAGGACCUGUGCUCAGACUCCGCUCUAUAUGUUAAUGUCUCUCUGGAUCGUGGUGCUCCAGUGGAAGUGCUCUUUCUGGUGUCUGGGGAUAACGACAGCUUCUCUGAGACCCAUAACAUGCUGAAUGGGAGUGUACAGAUGUUCAGAGUCUUUAGUAAAAUAGAAGGUCAAAUGCGGGUAAAAGUCAGAGUGUCAAAUUUGUUUUCAUCAGCGGAAGCAGAUGCAGGAGACACACUGUUAGAUUGCCAGACAGAGGAUCUGGGGGAGAUAAAUGGCAAUAACCUGACGAUCACUGCAAACCCAGAGAACCCAGUCAUAGGCACGAGUAGCAUAAUGUUGGACGUUAAUGGCCUAAAUAGAAAUGCUAAACUUUACACAUUUGCCUGGAACUGCAGUGGAACUUGUCCCUGUGAUGUCAGUAGUCCAACUAAAACACAUCAGGUUCAAGCCACUUGUCUCCCUCCACCCUACAGCUUUUCAAUCUACUCUAUGACUGCCGUAAAGACAACGGGGAAGCCAGAGGAACAGACAGCAAGCAAAUGCAUCUCUGUGUUUCCUGGAAGUGAUUUAAAUCCAGUCAUUACAUGUUCCAACUGCAACCCAGUGAAUGUCGGUGCAAAUGUUGAGCUGCAGCUGGAGUGUGAAGGCUGUCAGCAAAUGGUUUGGUACAUCGAGGACACAAACCCUGUACCUGAUGCCUUGAGUUCCUGUUAUUCUGAAAAAGGACAAAGCGUACUGAUAAAACAGAAGGAAGGUGUCAGCUCUUUUGUAAUCGACAGCGCAACUCUAGUCAAUGCACAGCAGGACAUUAAAGUUGUUGCUUAUGGUGUAAGAGAUGGCUUAUCUGGAUCAGCUGAAUUCACCAUCCCAAUAUUUGGUGCCUCGUCUACUUUGUUCCCAACAUUACUACCUGAUAGUGUGGCCACGAAUGGGCAAGAAAUGUCCCCUCCGCCAUCCUGUAACAUUAAUCCCACUGUUGGAGACAGUCUCUCUCCCUUUAAUAUCACAUGCACUGUGGCUUCUCCAUUCUGCAAAGCUGGACCCUGCAUGUACUGCUUCAGAACAUUAACUGGUGAUUACUUGUACUGUGGCCAUAACCAGACAGUGGAGUCACUCUUUCUUCCAGUGGGGAGUAACAUCAACAACACCCUUGCUGUAUCAAUCACUGUUGAGAACUUGGAAGGACAGAAGAUUAACACAACCUUAUCUGUCCAGGUGAAUGAUGCAAGCGUUGGGCCCACAGUGGAGGAUCUGCAGAGCUUUGUGUCCAAGCAGGUGGACCAGCUGUUGCAGCUUAGGAAGCUGACAGGGGCAGCACUAGCCCAGAUGUUCCAGUCUGUCUCUAACAGGCUGAAUGAGGAUACAACCGAGGGUCAAGAACAAGACGCAAAGAUGAAGCUACGAGAGCAGAUGCUGCUAGACCUGGGCACAGCUAUGAGUGCUGCCCCCCUCAGGAACCCAUUAGAAGUGCAAAAGACAGCUGACGCUGUAGUGGGCCUCACUAGGCAAAGUAAAGAGCUGACAUCUACAGCUCAGCUGGAAGCCAGCUCACUUCUGUCAAACCUCAGUAUGUCCCUGGUCUCUCUAACGCUCUCUGAGGGGGAUGACAAGGAAGUAACAAGGCAGGUGGUUACACCAAUUAUUCAGGCUGCCAGUAACAUCCUCAAAGCUUCUGCCAGCACAGACCAGCAGGAAAUCAUUUCAGAAAACUUGUUAACUGCAGCGGACAACGUACAGAGUGCGCUACUGGCUGGUGUAAGCGUAGACCAAGAGCCCAUCAUCGUUAGCACGUCUGAGAUCAGUGUGUAUGUAAACAGAAUGUCAGCAGUGGCACUACAGAAGCAGCCCUUCAGUAUCGAGCACAACAGCUCAGCCAGCUUCGUGCUUCCGUCUUUGGGUCCUAAUGUGCUCCCUUCAGAAGAGCCGGUGGAUGUGCGGAUGCUAAGUUUUGCGAUAAACCCUUUCCCCUGGAGAGACGGCGAGCCUAUAAAUGGAGCGGUGGCUUCUCUAUCCAUCACUCGAAAGAAUGGAUCUGUUAUCCCUGUAUCAAAUCUCACUGAAGAGAUUGAGAUCAUCUUACCACGACAAGAGGCUGAAGUUAACAGCACGUUACUGGACUUGGGGAACUACAGUACCUUGGUCAUUAAUGUGACCACGCCAAACAUAUCUUUGGUUUUGAAGCUGGACCCCUCAGAAGAGAUACUAUUACAUUUACUCCUGGGUUUCGAACACUACCCAAACAACACUCACUACAAGACCACAAUUCAGCUCCCUCAACCAGGAAAUUCAACAGAAGAGAGGUAUGCAUGGGUGCUGGACCCCAAGGAUGUAGCACUGGAAGUAGGGGUUUAUUAUCUUCUGGUGAGGCCUAUUAGCCAAGCAGGUGUAAACUCCUCAAAUGCCUCAGUCUUCAUCACUUCCAUAGCUGCUCAGUGUAAAUACUGGGAUGAGACUGAAACCAACUGGAGUGACCAUGGCUGCAGGGUUGGCCCUCGCACCACACCACUGAUUACCCAGUGUCUGUGUACGCAUUUGACAUUUUUUGGCAGUUCAUUCUUUGUCAUGCCCAACCUGGUUGACGUGUCCCGGACUGCUGAACUUUUUGCCACAUUUGUUAACAACCCUGUUGUGGUGUGUUUUGUGGGUGCCAUAUUCCUUGUCUACCUCAUGGUUGUGAUUUGGGCCCGAAGAAAGGACAUCCAGGACACAGCAAAGGUCAAAGUCACAUUGCUAGAGGACAACGAUCCCUUGGCUGAAUAUCGCUACUUACUGACCAUCAAUACUGGGCAUCGUCGAGGAGCUUCUACAUCCUCUCAGGUUACAGUGACGCUCAUGGGCUCUGAGGGAGAGAGUGAGCCCCACCAUCUAACUGAUCCAGACAAGCCGGUUUUUGAAAGAGGAGGAGUGGACAUGUUCCUCCUCACUACUCCUUUCUCACUUGGAGAGCUGCAGAGCAUCAGAUUAUGGCAUGAUAAUUCUGGGAAGCAUCCUGCUUGGUAUGUUAAUAAGGUCAUGGUCCAAGAUCUGGAGACGGGGCAAAAGUGGCAUUUCUUAUGCAGUUCAUGGCUGGCCAUUGAUGUAGGAGAGUGCACUCUGGACAAAGUGUUUCCUGUAGCAACAGAGAUGGACUUAAAAAGGUUUAGUAAUCUGUUCUUUAUGAAAACCACCAAGGAUUUCCAAGACGGUCACAUCUGGUUUUCAGUGAUAAAUCGGCCACCCAAUAGUAACUUCACUCGAGUUCAGCGUGUAUCAUGCUGCUUCUCUCUGUUGCUCUGCACCAUGCUGACCAGCAUCAUGUUCUGGGGGAUUCCCACUGACCCCUCUGAGCAGACCAUGGACCUGGGUAAGAUCGAGUUUACCUGGCAGCAAGUGAUGAUUGGAUUCCAGAGCUCCAUCAUAAUGUUCCCUAUCAACCUUCUUAUUGUGAGCAUCUUCAGAAACGUCCGACCAAGGGAACGAAGGACAGUUCAAGCACCUAAACAGUCUAAGACUGAUUCUGUGAAGCAAGGAAAAACAGGACGGGUGUCGCCAAACCAACCUCCUUCUCCACCGAGUGACUAUAAGGAGAUCACACCACAUGCUGUAAUCAGGGACAUCAAAAGGAUAGCCCAAUCACUCUCCAAGGCUAUGAGGAGCCCGUUACCAAGGAUUGACCCUGAGAAAAUGGAUAUCAAUGAUCUCCUGUCACUAGUCGAAGAUAUAAUUUGUCAGCAGAACCGUAUAGGAGGCGAGUUUUAUUCUGAUGCCUCCAAAAAGGAGCUGUCCAUCUCUCUGGGGGCUGUAAAUCUUCAUGAGAGGAGCCCUGAGCAGAUGCCGAAAGAGAAAAAUAGCAUCUACAGGCAGUAUCUCUACAAACAACUCCAAAAUGUGGAGAAAGAGCUGAGGCUGCUGGGUCCUUCCCGAUUCUCUAAACCGGAGAGCUAUGUUCAGGCGGUGCUGCAGGUUCAAGGCAUGAAACGCUUGCUAGAGCCGUAUCUCUCCUCCAGCACCAAUAGGGACCAGGAUUCUUGCAGCUCCAGUUUGGGGAAGGACCAUGAUGGUGGUAAGAAGUGCUGUCAGAAAGGCUUGCCUUGGUGGUUUGUGUUUGUUGCCUGGAUCCUUGUCGCAGCCACCAGUGGAGUGUCAGCGUAUUUUACCAUGAUGUAUGGGCUGACUUAUGGAAUGGAACGCUCUGUCAGCUGGCUUAUUUCAAUGCUUGUGUCUUUCUUCGAGAGUCUCUUCAUUACCCAGCCUAUUAAGGUGCUUGGAUUUGCCGUCUUCUUUGCGCUAGUCCUAAAGAAAGUUGAUCAAGAGGAAUAUAGCGAUGUUCCAAUUGAAGGUGCUAUAUCAAGUACAGAUGAUCCUGAUGGGAUAUGCAUUGUCAGGAGGGACAGCACAUGCAGUUUCUAUCAGCCUCCUCCUCCCUCUGACAUUGAGAAGAUGAAGAGCAACAUGAUCAAGGAACAGAAAGUCUUUGCACUUAUCAGGGAGAUUCUCAUUUACUUUGGCUUCCUGUGGAUGCUACUCCUGGUGGCUUACGGUCAGCGAGACCCGAAUGCUUACUAUCUCACGCAACACAUCCAGCAGAGCUUCAGGAACGGCAUCACGGACAGCAUGAACUGCAAAGAUGUGUUGACCUGGACAAACACCACUCUCCUAAAUAACGUUUUUGGAAAACGACCAGGCUUCAUCACAGAUGGAAACUCUAAGCUUGUAGGCAAUGCUCGACUCCGGCAGGUUCGAGUGCACAAGAACUCCUGCAGGACCUCCAGCUUCAUGAGUCGCUCCAUUCAGGACUGCCAUGCUCCAUACUCUUGGGAAGUGGAAGACAUGGGUUCUUAUGGUCCAGGUUGGAACAGAUCAAAUGAUGUAAACUUGUCAAAGAGUCUCCUCAUGCCAUGGCGGUACCAAACCCAGUCCAGACUGAGGACACACCCUAUCUGGGGUAGGGUGGCUUUCUACAGAGGUGGCGGCUUUGUUGUGGAUCUGGGGCCCAACAAAGAAAAUGCAAGCAGUUUGCUUCAGUACCUUUUUGACAACAUCUGGGUGGACAAAUACACUCGGGCUAUCUUUGUGGAGCUCACAGUGUAUAAUGCAAACGUCAACCUCUUCUGCAUGGUCACGCUGAUGUUUGAGACCACAGCAGUGGGAGCAUUUCAGUAUCGCAGUGACCUGCAAAGUGUCCGCCUUUAUCAGUCAGCUGGUGGUUUUCAUAUUUUCAUGAUGGCCUCUGAGACGAUCUAUUUUCUCUUCAUUCUUCAUUACAUGUUUCAGCAGGGCAAGCUUAUGAAACAGCACAAGUGGGAAUACUUCAGGAGCAAAUGGAAUGUUUUGGAGCUAGGCAUUAUUAUUUUAAGCUGGAGUGCACUGUGCGUUUUCAUCAAGAGGAAGCUGUUGGGCAACCAAGACAUCGAGUACUAUCAAAACCACAAAGACCAACAUGCUAGCUUUUAUGAAACUGCCACAGCAGAUGGAGUUCUUGGAUACCUUAUAGCUUUUCUGGUUUUGCUGGCUACGGUUAAACUGUGGCACCUGCUGCGCCUCAACCCUAAACUGCAAAUGAUCACCGCAACAUUGCGUCGGGCGUGGAACGACAUCUCUGGCUUCAUUAUCGUCAUGACAAUUAUGUUGUUGGCUUACUCCAUUGCUUGUAAUUUAAUGUACGGUUGGAAGCUUUAUUCAUAUCACACUCUUCUCCAUGCUGCCAAGACCAUUGUAAGCUUACAACUUGGGAUCUUCAACUAUGAAGAGGUUUUGCAUUACAAUCCUGUUCUUGGUGCGUUUGUGAUUGGGUCUUGCAUCAUCUUCAUGACGUUUGUGGUUCUAAACCUAUUCAUAUCUGUUAUCCUGGUGGCAUUUUCAGAAGAACAGCUACAUCAUAAGCCAUCUGAAGAGGAGGAAAUUGUAGACCUAAUGCUGAUGAAGAUAUGCAGCCUUUUGGGAAUCAAGGUUAAGAAGAAGCAGGUGCUGGAGGAACCAAAAGCAGCACCCUUUACCGUAUCAUAAAAGUCUGAUUGAGAUGAAAAGAUUAUUGUAGUACAUGAAGUGGAUCAUAUAAGCUUUUAUGUAAUGCUCUUUUUGUCUUUGAAAAUUGUAGUACUAUUAAUAUCUUAGUGCACAAUGCUGUAAUUAUAUUUAAAAGCUUGAUGUGAAAGGAGUGUAUGCCUUUAUUGUAUAAGCUGUUAAACGUAGCACUUUGAAUUUCUUCACAAGGAACUGCUUGAUUUAUUU